AUGAAAUCCAUAAUUUCAAUAGUGUUUCUUCUUCAAACAAUCAUCAACGCUGUAAAUCUCACCACAGCUCAAUUCCCUGAAGAGCCUGUCUUCAGAUGCAGAAACACAGGCAACUACACACCAAGUUCUGAUUAUAGCAGAAACCUCAAAGCCGCAUUGGAUGCCGUUGGCAAGGUGAAAAAAUAUAGUGGCGGAUCUUUCAGUUCAUCCAUUGGCACGAAGGAAGCAGCCUAUGCUGUCGCCCUUUGCUCCAGUGUUGCUAUCAAAUGGGGUGGAAACUGUAAUGACUGUAUAACGAGGUUGACUACUUCACUUCAAGCCAAAUGCCCAAAUCAAAAGGAAGGUGUGAUGUGGGGUUCAGAUUGUAUGAUACGUUACUCAGAUCGAAAAAUAAUUGGAGUCAAAGAUGAUUGGGUUUGGAUCCUUUCACCAGGGGGAAGCAGCCGUACCGAUAAAAAAGCUGCAUUUGGGACGAUAACUUUUCCGCCUAAUAAUUCAACUAUAUAUGGGGCUAUGCAGUGUACUUCUGAUUUAUCCAAGGAGCUUUGCACUAAAUGUUUACAAAACGACAUGUGCAGAUCUCAGUCAAUCGACUUCAUUUGCACCACAACUGUGUUUUGUUUCUCUGUCGAUCUCUCAACGAAGAAUUACCCCUCCGGCGACUCUCCUUUACCGUCGACGAGCUGUCCUUCACCACCAUCGGCAUCUACAUCUCCUUCCAGUGACCUUAUUCCGAUGUACAUCGUCGGCCCUUCACCACCACUCAUAUCACCGGUGAUUUUGAGAUGA